UUUCGUUUGUUUUUUUUGGAAAGGAUAGUGGGUCAAUUUCAUUACCAAACACAAAGGAACAGUACAAGGUGCAAAGAUACAGAAGCAUAAACAAACAAAAACAAAACAGGACCUGCCAAACUAGCGCAAAAGAUCCAACAAACAGUAAAGGCCCAAGCCCUAAAAUACAACAAAGAAAACCCAAGCUUCCUUGCAGCCACCCGCCGCCGAGCAUCCCUACCAGCACAAACCCUCGCCACCAACCAACCGACGCCUCACCGUUGCAACAUCCAACUAGGAGCACCUGUACCGCAACAAAUCGCGGUUUUGAAGCGGCUGCAGAUCGGAGCAGAGAUGAGCAAGGAGAAACGCCGACGGGGGUAUGAAGAAAUGGGGCAGAUCGGAAAGGAGAGCAGGGGAAAAACAGCAAAAAGGAAGACAACAGAACAAGGAAAGCACAACCACCCAUCGGAAGUGGAACCCUCACACAAGCGGUGGUGAGAAAGGGAAAAAGUACAAGGUUGAAGAAUAUUACAAGCAACAAGAAAGGCUUCUUGAAGGGUUCACUGAGAUGCAGACCAUGACUGAUGAGGGUUGGUUGCCCGGAAGUCUUACAGAGGAUCAAAUGAAGCAGCUAGCGAAGAGCGAGCGGAUGGCAGUUCAUGCAUCAAACAUAGCUAAUUUGGUUCUUUUUGCUGCAAAAGUUUAUGCUUCAAUUAUGAGCAGAUCAUUGGCAGUUAUUGCCUCUACCUUGGAUUCCCUCUUGGAUCUCUUAUCCGGCUUUAUUUUGUGGUUCACUGCUAAUGCCAUGAAAAAUUCCAACCAGUUUCGCUAUCCUAUUGGGAAGAAACGUAUGCAACCAGUGGGUAUCAUUGUCUUUGCAUCUGUUAUGGCUACUCUUGGACUGCAAAUAUUGAUUGAGUCUGGUCGGGAACUCGUCUCACAGUCACCGCCUGCAAAAAUGAAUAGUACGCAGGAGAAUUGGAUGAUUGGCAUCAUGGUCUCAGUCACUGUAGUGAAGUUUGUGCUCAUGGUCUACUGUCGUAGAUUUAAGAAUGAAAUUGUACGGGCCUAUGCACAAGACCAUUUUUUCGAUGUCAUUACUAAUUCAGUUGGUUUAGCAGCAGCAGUCCUAGCUGUCCGGUUCUUCUGGUGGAUUGAUCCUACUGGUGCUAUUAUAAUAGCACUAUAUACCAUUAAUACAUGGACAAAGACGGUCUUGGAGAAUGUACAUGCGCUAAUUGGAAGAACAGCACCACCCGACUUUUUGGCAAAGUUGACAUACUUGAUAUGGAACCACCACGAAGAAAUCAAGCACAUCGAUACAGUGAGGGCGUACACAUUUGGUUCCCAUUACUUUGUGGAGGUUGACAUUGUCUUGCCAGAAGACAUGCUACUGAACAAAGCGCACAACAUUGGCGAGACUCUCCAAGAGAAGCUCGAGCAACUCCCUGAAGUGGAACGGGCUUUUGUGCAUAUAGAUUUUGAGUUCACUCACAGGCCGGAACACAAGAACAGUGUAUGUAUAACGAUGACAGCGGUAGUGAAGAUGGUAGUAACUUGUAGAGCUAUGUUUUUUCACAGACCGAAGUUUUUUAAGUAAGCGGUGGGUUGUCCUUUCAUAUUGUUAUCUAUUUGCUUGUACAACCAAAUGUUUGUAGAAUUUUAUGGAAUUACCUUUCCUGUGUGGCUUUUAUUUUGUCAAUAGUGAGUAUUUGCUCA